GUGAGGGAGGGAGGAAGGAAGGAGAGGAAGAGGGACUAGGGCCAAGACACGUAAUUCACCCCCUUUCUCUUGGCGCCAAUCUGGCGGAGAAAAAAAAACUAUUUUGUUUUUUUUUGUCGUUUAGUCAAUUUUAGUGUAAUCAAUCGUGAGCAUAUUAUUUUGUAGCCAGUGGCGCUAGGUAGUUUGCUAAAUCGCUAUAGCAUUUUUACAUAAUCUUGCCCCCUUUUUUUUCUCACCCCCCCCCCAAGAAACCACAUUCACUGAGCGACUAAGUUAGCUAGCUAGCAACAGCAAGACACAGCGGUCGUUUAAAAAAACAACAACAGCGAUAUGGGGAGGAAGUCAAACAAAGCGAAGGAGAAGAAGCAGGCUCGCCUGGCGGAGAGGGCAGCCAUGGAUGCAGUGUGUGCCAAGGUGGACGCAGCCAAUAAGCUGGACGACCCUUUGGCUGCUUUCCCAGUCUUCAAAAAGUAUGACAGAAACGGAUUGAAUCUCCAGAUCGAGUGUAAGAGAGUGUCCACUCUCAACCCCAUGUCUGUGGAGUGGGCCUACGAGCUGACCCGGACCAACAUGCAAACACUGUAUGAGCAAAGCGAGUGGGGAUGGAAGGAGAGAGAAAAGAGGGAUGAGAUGAAAGACGAGAGGGCGUGGUAUCUGCUGGCUCGAGACACAGACUCCUCCCCCGUGGCCUUCUCUCACUUCCGAUUCGAUGUCGAGUGCGGGGAGGAGGUGCUAUACUGUUAUGAGGUCCAGCUGGAGAGUAGGGUGCGGAGGAAAGGACUGGGCAAGUUCCUCAUCCAGAUACUACAGCUCAUCGCCAACAGCACACAGAUGAAGAAGGUGAUGUUAACAGUAUUCAAACACAACCACGGGGCGUACCAGUUCUUCAGAGAAGCUUUACAGUUCGAUAUCGACGACACCUCCCCCAGUAUGUCUGGUUGUUGUGGCGACGACUGCACCUAUGAGAUCCUGUCGCGGCGGACCAAACAUGCCGAGGCCCAAGCCGAGGCCCAGGGGCACAGCCACGGUGGAGGAGGGCACUGUGGAGGCUGCUGCCACUGAGGGAGCCUGUUCCUAUUUCACCACUUCCUGCCCACUUCCUGGUCCCACGCUCUAGAAGCUGCCCCUCGUCCGCUUCUCUGCUCAUGAGUUAUUACUGUACCCAACCUCCAAACGCCCCAAAAUCCCUGGCCCCCUCUAUAUCCCACCCUCUCUCUCUCAUCCGUAUCCCUCUCUUUCUCUCUCAUCCGUAUCCCUCUCUUUCUCUCUCAUCCGUAUCCCUCUCUUUCUCUCUCAUCCGUAUCCCUCUCUUUCUCUCUCAUCCGUAUCCCUCUUUCUCUCUCAUCCGUAUCCCUCUCUUUCUCUCUCAUCCGUAUCCCUCUCUUUCUCUCUCAUCCGUAUCCCUCUCUUUCUCUCUCAUCCGUAUCCCUCUCUUUCUCUCUCAUCCGUAUCCCUCUCUUUCUCUCUCAUCCGUAUCCCUCUUUCUCUCUCAUCCGUAUCCCUCUUUCUUUCUCAUCCGUAUCCCUCUCUUUCUCUCUCAUCCGUAUCCCUCUCUUUCUCUCUCAUCCGUAUCCCUCUCUUUCUCUCUCAUCCGUAUCCCUCUCUUUCUCUCUCAUCCGUAUCCCUCUUUCUCUCUCAUCCGUAUCCCUCUUUCUCUCUCCAUACUAUUUCAGUCUUUGAUAAGUUAGGAAUCUGCUUGUGCUCUGUCUAGGCAGCCACCUCUUCAACAGCUUUCUGAACUGUCCCAAGGCUCCAUCCCAAUAAUCCUAAUGUGCGAUGUGUUAGCCAUGCAUUCUGAAUGGUAAAAUUAGGAUGGAUUGUUGGGACAGAGCCCCACAAAUGUAUUUCUCUUAGUUUGAUCAGGUGUUCUGUAGAUAGUCUCUCUCUCUUCCCCAGAGCCUCUGAUCCGUUUCAGUUGAUCUUCUACAGUAUUUUUAAAUGCUGUCUGAUGGCAGGAACACCCGUUGUUCCUACAUUUUUGUAGAGCGACGUGAGAGAUACAUAUAUACACAUUACCAGUCAAAAGUUAGGACGUCUGAUCAUUUGAGGGUUUUUCUUAAUUAAUUUUUAAAAAUUUAAAGUUCUACUUUGAAGAAUAAUAGUGAAGACAUCACUACUAUGAAGUAACACAUGGAUUCAUGUAGUAACCUGAUUCACGCAGUCUCCUCUGGACAGUUGAUGUUGAGAUGCGUCUGUUACUUGAACUCUGAAGCAUUUAUUUGGGCUGCGUGAAUCAGGCUGGUAACUAAUGAACUCAUCCUCUGCAGCAGAGGUAACUCUGGGUCUUCCUUUCCUGUGGCGGUCCUCAUGAGAGCCAGUUUCAUCAUAGUGCUUGAUGGUUUUUGCGACUGCACUUGAAGAAAGUUUCAAAGUUCCGUAUUGACUGACCUUCAUGUCUUAAAGUAAUGAUGGACUGUCGUUUCUCUUUGCUUAUCUUGGUCUUUUACCAAAUAGGGCUAUCUUCUGUAUACCACCCCUACCUGGUCACAACACAACUGAUUGGCUCAAACACAUUAAGAAGGAAAUAAAUUCCACAAAUGAACUUUUAACAAGGCACACGUGUUAAUUGAAAUGCAUUCCAGGUGACUUCCUCAUGAUCUGGUUGAGAGAAUGCCAAGCGUAUGCAAAGCUGUCAUCAAGGAAAAGGAUGGCUACUUUGAAGAAUCUCAAAUAUAAAAUAUAUUUUUUGGUUACCGUGUGUUAUUUCAUAGUUUUGAUUUCUUCACUAUUAUUCAACCAUGUAGAAUUUUUUUAUUUUUUUUUUUAAUAAUAAAUAAUGAAACCCUGGACUGACUUAGGUGUCAACUUUUGACUGGUACUAUAUAUACACACACACGCAGUACCAUAUAUAUAAUAUAGUGCACUACUUUUGAACAGGGCCGUAGGGUAGUAAUUGUUGCCAUCUCUGUUACGUACAGAAACCUUCAGGGUAUAGUGGCUGGCAGAUCUGGGUUGCCAGAUUGAAGGGUUUCACAAACCCACCUCUGUGCUGUGUGUCUGUAUCCCACAUGGCAUGCUAAUGCCCAUAGGUCUCUGGUUAAAUGUAGUGCACUAAGGAAUAGGGUUAUAUUUGGGAUGUCUCCCCAGUGACCGGGAAGAUACUCAACACUGGCAUCUCACCCAGGCUCCAAGUUUAAUGCUUUAUUAAAACAACAAAGAAACAAAAAAAAACGUUGACAUUUUUUCUUGUGUAUUGUAUAAAGAUAAACUGUCAGGUAAGUACAAUCACUCGUUUUGUUUUCUACUUUCCAACCAGAUAAUAUUCUACAGACCAUGUCUGUCUCAGGUUCAAAUCCCAACUGACACUAACAACCAUCUCUUCUUCGUGUUUCUUAGCAACUAUGUUACGGUCAAAUAGUUUGGGGGAAAAGAAGACGCCCCUAACCACAGAUCUAGUAUCAGAUUUCCCAACCUCAAAUUUUACUUAGUCCUGGACUAAAAAAAAUGAAUGCUUUUAAAUCCAGGACUAGGCUUAAUCUCGGUCUUGGAAACCGGCCCAGGGGGAGUGACAACGUUCCUCACCUGAGAUCAGUGGUUAGUUAGGGCAUAUAAAUGGAAGUCCUAAAAUGGUCAUAGGCUUCUUCUAGAAAUCCAAUUUUUAUAGGUCAGAGGCAACUUGUUUUAGCACCAACUCUGUUGGGAUGUGGGGGCAGGGUGGUUAGGGUUCUGAUCCCAGAUCUGUAUCCGCUACCUGGAUUGGUGGCUUGGGUCAGGUGGUGCGGGGACCGCUUUUGUUUAAAUUGAAAAUCCAUUUAGUUUAGGGAAUAAACGUUUCUUUAUAAUUAGGAAAAAAUUAAUAAAUCGGACUUUAGUAUGACCUGUUUGAAUAUUUUCCCUCAUGAUCAACUCUCUUAUUUGUUUCUAUCGAUCAUUGUCUCCUGUCUGUAUAUAAUCUGUUACAGAUUCAUUGGAUUUGUUUCUAUUUGCUUUUUACAGGUAAAACAAUUGUUUAGGUUUUAAAAAAUGACAUUUAAACUCAAUGUUGGACAAUGAGUGUACCUGUCCUGUGACUGAUUUCAUUAUUAACUGACAACGAUGAAAGGAGGGGAAAAAACGAAACGGUCAUUUCAACCUUGUCAGUGUUUUAUUUGUAUGUUACAAAUAAAGGGAACUUGUUUGA